GAUACCUGUGGGUGCCUAUCACCACUACACAUGAGAAAUGGAAUAGAGAGUUGGAUUAACCGAAAACAAUGCAGGUCUACGGCUUUCAGAUAAGCCAAGAGACUCUACAGAGAGUUCAAGACACUGCAGCACAAACACACACACAUGCAUGGCAUCCAUUGCUAUGCUGCUGUGACGGGUAACCUCUCACCCGCGACGCGUCGCAUAUUCGCAACUAAGUUAUUGACAACGGAGUGCGGUGAUUGUUGUUUGUACCCGUAGUCCAAAAGUUCGUUGUGAUAUUUUCUACACUGCUGGCAAUUUCUCAAGUGUUUGUUUUUAUUUUUAGUAAACUGCAAAUGAGUAAAUAGUGAGAACCCUAUCUCCCAGUGUAAACCAGUUGCUGCUAUCAAAAAAGUCUUUUAUUUUACAUAAUAUUUUGUUAAUUCUUCUGAGUGGCAAAAGAGUUUGUUGGAGAUACUAUGCAUCUAGAGGACGGUUUCGUACGUAUAUGCUGAAUUUUCUUGUGCAAGAGUUAUCAUGCUGCGGAACUUAGUUAAUCCACGCACUUGGUCAGAUGAGAUUUUGUCAUGAGAUCUCACCUGAGAUUUAUCAAUUGGGUAGAGAAUCCUACCGUUAUAGAUACUACGGAUAUUAAAAGUAUUUGUAUUUUCAUGAAAGGUCUUCGAAAUAUGUACAUCUUACCAUUACCAAAUAUGUUACAUUACUAAUAUCAAAAGAGCAUUGUAUAUAGAUGAAAUAUAUUUUGUAAUAAAAAACAUACAAAUGUAUCAAAUACUUGUUUAGUACUCCUAACCACAAAUAAACUUCCUGAUACUGGUUUUUUUCUUUCUGUUAAUUAUAAUUUGUAUUAUUAUUGUACACUUAUUGAAAAGUUAUUAAAAUCAGCAAUUUACAAUUUUAAAAAUAUAUAAAUAAUAUCAAAAAAGAUGGCGGAACUGGGGUUGCCGCCGAAGGAGAUUCCUCCUGAUAUAUAUUUUAAAUGCCACCCGAGGCAAGUUAAUUCAACGGUGUUUUGUGUACUGUGCGAAAACGUAUUUCACAAAAGUGACUUUAAUAGAAAAAAGGGCAUCAAAUACGUAUCGAGUGUGUCAGUAGUGUGUGAUGAACAUACAGAUCUAGACUUAACCUCAAUUAGUUGCCAAGAUCCACGUGUCAUACUAUGCCAACUGAAAGCAACGUGUAAAAAAUAUAAAGAAGAAGCCGAGAAAUUUAAUAGAAAUUACCUAAUACUACAAAAAGAUCAUAAGAAACUACAACAAAAAUAUGAAGGUCUACUGGCUGAGAUUGAGAAAAACUCAAAUGUUGACGAUGACAAUGCUAUGGAUCAGGGAAAUACUGAUACAAACGUGGCACUAAUUCAAUCGUACAAAGAACAAAACUCACUGCUUAAAGAUAUAAACGAAGAACUCAAAGACAAAAAUGCAUUAUUAAAGGAGAUGAUUGAGAAAGAGAAAGAACGUCAAAUAACUGUAAGGAAAUCCUAUGCAGAUGCUACAGCAGCUAAACAACCAAUUGAACUGCCAAAAAUUAUACCUAAGAUAGUAGUUAUAAAGAUGACAAGACUAAUCUAAGAGAAAAAGUAUUAAAAUAUCUAGUAAAAGAUAGAUCUAUACAAACUAAAAAAAAAAUUCAAUGAUAAUGAGGUUAGAAUUAACUGUA